UUUACAUUGUUCCUACAUGUUCCUUUUCUACUCUUUUGUAUGUUGUUUUAUACUACUUAUUUACAUUCAGUAGGCAGCUGUAUGCCCAACAAUUUUCACACUUACGUUGUAACUCAAGUUGUGCUGUAACAUUCUGGAAUGUUCACAGAUAUCUUUAACGUUUAUUUUACUUAUCAUUGUAUUUAUCAUUAUAAUCACUGUAAUUUAAUUACUGUAACGGUUAUACACUGUUUUAUGCAUUUGUUUAAACGCAACAGUUUCCAUAUUGCUUUCUCUUGGUUCGAGUUUCGGUUGUUCAUAAACUGUUAUCAAAUUUAGACACAGCUAUCGGCUGUCUUUGGACUAUCGUAUGUUGUAAUCAUUCUUUAUGUUACUCUUACAGGAAGUCUUUGCUAUUUUCAUUCUUGAACGACGCGUUUAAACGCCUAGACACCUCACAAGUUGAGAACCGCUUUUGUAGACAAAUCGUUGUUUUGGAACUUCGAUUUUGCGCGUAUCUCAAUCGGGGUCACUUGGACGCUUCGAUAGAAUUAACAGUUCUCAACUUUGGUCUCAUUUGGUGUGGAUACAGUUCUGAACUUUGGUCCUAAUUGGAGGGAAUACUUGCUGUAACGAAUUUGGUCGGAAUCCGGUUUGGUUCAUUCAUCCCAACGAUGACUAGAACGAGAAGAAUGAAGUACAACGAUGACAGUUCCCAAGACACAGACAAUUCCAGUGCUGAAAAUAUUAUUCCUUCAGUUUCUAAGGUGAACUCACCUAUUCCUUUAAAUCUUGCCUUUGAUAUUGUUAAACCUAACCCCAAAGACAGUUGCUCGGUAGGAGACAACUAUAUAGAAACUAGACACAGUGUAGAAGACGAAGUGGACUCUAGGGAAAGGGAAGUAGAAAAGAUUGAGCUGGAGAUUAGAGAACUCCAACUUCGCAAGCGAUUGCUAGAACUAACUCCGAACUCUUCAAACAAAGUGAGAAGACCUAGGGAGACUACCGAGUUGUCGGGGUCUCGAUCCGAGGAUAAAACUUCAGUAGUUACGGCAAGUCACCGAUACACCAAUGUACUUUUGAGCGAUGAAAUGCAAUUCAAAGCACAGGUAGAUAGUGUCAAGGCGUUAUGUAUGUCAGUAAGCUUACCGAAGAUAGAAAUCAUGAAAUUUGACGGGAGCCCUCUGAAAUUUUGGACGUUCAUGAAGGGAUUCAAGGUUAACAUAGCUGACAGAGUAAAUGAUGACACUCAGAAAUUAAUGUACUUGAUACACUAUUGCGAAGGUAUAGCAAAGGAUGCUAUAGAACACUGUGUUUUAUUACCAGAAAAGGAAGGUUAUACUGAGGCAAUUAAGCUUCUACAUGAACGGUUCGGCAGACCACACGACAUCGUAGAAGCUUUCUUAACAGAACUCUUAAGUGGAUCACCAUUGAAUCAAGACGACAUAACUGGCCUACAGAAACUGACAAGACUCAUGACUAAUUGUAAGAUAGCCUUGUCACAGAUGGGCAGGAAUGCCGAUCUGAAUUGUUCGACCAACAUAAAACGAAUAGUGAAACAGCUACCACGUAGUAUGCAGUUUAAAUGGGCGGAGGCCGCGGACGAUAUUUUAAGAAAGGGGCUAGAGCCCAAUUUCGAUGAUUUAUUGCAAUUCUUAGAAAAGAAAGUGUCAAUCGCAACAAACACAUACGGACAAUUAGCAAGCGGAAGCUAUAAAGCUCAAACGACAUCGAACAACCGGUCGUCUUCCAUAAGAGCUAAGAUCCAUACUUCGUCGAUUAAAGGAUCAGUCCAUUGUGUAAUUUGCUCCGAUGCCCACGAAGUCACAUCUUGCCCUCAGCUGUUGUCAGUAAGUCACAACGAAAAAGUAGAAUUGCUGAAGAAGUUUAAACUUUGCUUUAAUUGCUUAAAACCCAAUCAUCGAGCCACAGACUGCAGACAGCCCGUGUUGUGUGAAAUUGAUGGAUGCAAGCGACGCCAUCAUAGAAUUCUUCACAACACAGAACCUGAUGUUAAACAAGCAUGUUGUAACUCUACUCAUACUACUGGGACGUAUUUAGGCUUUGUACCAGUCAGACUACAUGGUCCCACAGGUUAUGUGGAUACCUAUGCAUUGUUAGAUAAUGGCUCAGACUCGACAUUACUGCUUAGUGACGUGGCAAAGCAGGUAGGAAUUUCUGGUGCAGUGACAAGAUUAAACAUAUCUUCAGUAAUUGGAGCGUCAUCUCAGAACGCUGAACUUACCAAUUUCGAAAUUGAGUCUUUAGAUAAGACCAAACGAAUAAAAAUCGAAGGUGCAUAUACUAUAGAUAACCUACCUAUUAAAAGAGCAGAAAUCCCACCAACGGACUUCCAAGAAAGAUGGAAACACUUGAAAGGUGUACAACUACCCUCCAUAGCCUGUGACAAGGUUGGUUUGUUACUUGGUGUUGACGUUCCUGAGGCCCACUGGGUACUCGAUCAGCGUAUCGGAAAACCUAAACAACCCUAUGCCUCACUAACUAUGUUAGGAUGGGCUUUAUUUGGACCAACGGACCAACUUAUUAAAUCUUCAGUCUUCAUAAACGGUUUAGAAGCAAAGAGUUCUAUCGAGGAUAGACCCACGCCACCCCUUUCUUUGGCCACAGUAGCGCCUGAAAACUCUUCAAAUCGUUCGUUGCCGUUCAUAGAUGAUCCUGGUUUAUGCCUUAAACACUCUCCUGAUGUGGCACUCUUAGUCGAUAAUGAUGAUGUACACUCACUCAUAGUAGCAGCAGCCGCUGUUGAGACUGAAGAUUCCAGGGUUCAUCAAGGUUUACCGCCAGUUCGUUCUUCUGAAUUUGACACUCCACCUGAUUCAAGAAGUAACCGACUUAUAGACACCUUUGAUUCUGUAUCUAAAGCGACAGACGAGAAUCUAAUGGAUUUAGAACAAGUUAUUUCAUUACCAGCUGUUGACGAUGAGUACCUUCUAAAAACUGCCAACGAUCGUCAUGUCGAUACAGUAGUGAAUAUUGACCUUAGAUGUAUUUCUCCUCCAGACAAAAUUCUUCCAACAGAUAGUGGCGAGUUAAUGUCAUCGAAAACAUCUGUUAUGUUCUCUGCCGAAACAGAUCUCCCUGGUGUUUCUGACGUAAACGUUAGUGCUAAGUCUGUGAUACUACUACACGAGUCAUCAAUUAGUUGCAAAGCAACAACAACUCAGUUCUCUGCAAAUACGAAACUUGUAUCUCCUGUAGUGGCGUCUGCUGAGAGUUCUAUUGACAUCAAGCGUGAUAGAGAGAAUCAGAAAGAUGAUUGUUUUAUUCAGUCUGCUGAUGAUGAUAAGAAGUUUACGACAACUACAUCCAUGUCCCCUUUAGUUGGGUUAGACAAGCAGAUACAACAUCCAUUACCAGACUUUAAGGAUAGUAGAGUAGCUACAGAAAUGACUCAUUGGAACAUAGAAUGGCACCAUAACACUCCCUACGCAAAUCAUCAUCGAGUAUGGGAAAGAUUAAUAGGAAGCAUACGCAGACCUUUGAGCGCAGUAUCUAUGUCCUACGAGACACUCACCACCUGUUUGACUGAAGCAGAAAGAAUACCUAAUGAUAGACCACUCUUACAGACGCGACCAAAAUGGACACAAGGAAGACGAGAUUUACAAGUUCGCGGUCCAGUCUUGAUUAUUGGGGACACUUAUGCACGAAAUAACUGGCCUAAAGACCUCGUGGUAAGUUUUGACCCAGGAGGAGAUGGUCUAUGGAAACAAGCGAAGAUCAGAACGUGGAAAGGUACAAUUAUUAGAGACAUACGUAAAAUUUGUUUAUUAGAAGGAGCUGACGACCGAAAAGUAGAGAAUAGAGAGACUUUUCAGAGUGACUGUGGCUAGAGUAAAUCGUACCAUUGUCACCUCUGAAUGUUUUUACGUUAAUACCUAAUCAGCGAAAGUAAGGAAAGACAUGCUGUCUUUGGGGGGCGGUGUUAAGUUUGUUUUACAUUGUUCCUACAUGUUCCUUUUCUACUCUUUUGUAUGUUGUUUUAUACUACUUAUUUACAUUCAGUAGGCAGCUGUAUGCCCAACAAUUUUCACACUUACGUUGUAACUCAAGUUGUGCUGUAACAUUCUGGAAUGUUCACAGAUAUCUUUAACGUUUAUUUUACUUAUCAUUGUAUUUAUCAUUAUAAUCACUGUAAUUUAAUUACUGUAACGGUUAUACACUGUUUUAUGCAUUUGUUUAAACGCAACAGUUUCCAUAUUGCUUUCUCUUGGUUCGAGUUUCGGUUGUUCAUAAACUGUUAUCAAAUUUAGACACAGCUAUCGGCUGUCUUUGGACUAUCGUAUGUUGUAAUCAUUCUUUAUGUUACUCUUACAGGAAGUCUUUGCUAUUUUCAUUCUUGAACGACGCGUUUAAACGCCUAGACACCUCACAAGUUGAGGUUUGUAACUAAAUUUUGUGUAUUAUUUAAUAAAGAACCGCUUUUGUAGACAAAUCGUUGUUUUGGAACUUCGAUUUUGCGCGUAUCUCAAUCGGGGUCACUUGGACGCUUCGAUAGAAUUAACAAGUGUUCUAGUUCAAAAAUUGUCUAGGUAGUACACUUUUCAUAUGUAUUACAGUAAUGAAAGACAUUAGCUGG